AUGGCAAAAGAAAUAAAUGCGGAUUAUGUUUAUAUAUUUAGCGAAAAUGAUGUAAUAAAACCAAGCUCUUCAAAAUCUUGGUCAACAUUAUACACUUCUGUAAUUGAUUUAGGUAGUGAUUCAACAUCUCCUCCUUCAGAAACUGCUCCAAGUUUAUCAACAUCAACACCAACAACUCGUCAAUCAAAUUAUGAUGAUGCUUUACGCAUAUCUCAAUCUGCUAGUUUAUCUAUCGUUAAUCCUAUUGCAAGAUCUGCUAAUAUAAGUAGACAAUUAGAAGAAGUUUAUGUACAUGAUGAAAAAAGGGGCAAAUCACCUAUUGCUUCUCCUCGUUUAUUAGCCACUAAAACUAAAGGUUAUAAUGGAACAGCUGAUUCUUCUAAGGAAAAAAGUGAUAUUAAGGAUGAUACAUCGACAGAUAAUAAAUUUAAAUUAGAAAAAACUGACUUUGGUGUAAUUAGUAAAGAUCCCAAAUUAAAUAAAGAACCAAAAAUAUUAUAUGAUUUCUUUUUAUCAAAUAACGAUAAAUCUGAAAUGGCUAUAACAAUUCAUGGAUAUCGUACCGAAGAAAAAGAUGGGACUACCCAUGUAAUAAGUGGAAGUCAUGGUUAUGAAUAUGAGAAAAGAGAUGUUAAUACCGUAGAAAUAACAGAUUUUAUUUUUAAAAUAGAUUUAUCUGAUCAUAUUUUAUCACAAGGUGAAAUUUCUACAAUUCCUCCAAAAGAUGAUGAUGAUUAUGAUAUUAAAGAUAGUAACGAUAUUAUGCAAGUAUUAGAAGAAUAUUGUAACAGUGGCGUCGGAUUUAAAGAAAUUGAAAUGAUAAAGGUUAUAAUUUGGGAUUAUGAACCAUUAUCUAAAGUGAUCGCAACAAUAAUCAGACAACAACAUUAUUAUAAUAAUAUAAAAAUUUCUUAUCCGUUACGUAAUAAUAUAGUUAAAGUACAAUCAACUUCAACAUUAUAUAGUUUCACAAAAAAUAAAUGGAUAAAAUUAUUUUGUCUAUUAACUUGCCUUUGGAUAAUUUUUUGGCCUAUUUGGUGGUUAUAUAGAAAAUUUUACACUGUUCAAAUUAAAAGUGAAUUUAGAAUGAAAAUUAGCACUAAAGAAUGGUUCGAAAAUAAUGUUUCUUAUAUUGUUAGUAAAGCUAAACUAAAUAAUGAAGGAGGGAAAUAA